AUGGCCCCAUCAGUUGUGGAAGCGCUAGCCCCAGCUGUGGUUCCUCAGAAGGAGACCCACGCGGACGACGAUCGGGGUGCCGAACGCAGUGAAGUAAUCGAACAGGUUCAGAUGAACAAUCGGACCGUCAGCGGUCAGGAACUGCAUAUCAGAAGCUAUCCAAAAUUCGACACUCUCGAAGAGGAACGUCUAUAUCGCAAGCAGCAUCUCGCAGCUGCCUUUCGAGUCUUUGCUGAUCGCGGAUUCGACGAGGGUGUGGCAGGACAUAUCUCGGUGAGAGAUCCGAUUCUGACAGAUCAUUUUUCAUUCGCCAUCCACUCGGAGAUCCACAAGGCACGCCCAAACAUCAACGCUGCAUGCCACGCCCAUAGCGUGCAUGGAAAAGCGUUUUCGGUGUUUGGAAGGGAGUUGGACAUGAUGACGCAAGACGCUUUGCGAUUUUACAAAUCGCAUGGUGUGUACAAUAACUUUGGCGGCGUGGUACUUGAUCGCGAGGAGGGAGUCAGAAUCACAAAAGCCUUGGGCGACGGCAAAGCUGUAAUUCUGCGAAACCACGGGCUGUUGACUGUCGGAGAAAGUGUGGACGAGGCGGCAUUUUGGUUCAUUAGUUUGGACAAGACGUGCCACGCGCAGUUACUCGCCGACGCCGCCGCGAAUGGGUCAGGGUAUAAGAAAAUAAUGAUUGAUGAGGAAGAGGCCGAGGUCACUGCAAAGCAGGUUGGUGGGCCAGAUAAAGGAUGGCUGGCUUUUCAAGGGUAUUAUGAUGAGCAGGUUGCGAAGACAAACGGAGCAUUUUUGAAGUAA